AUGAUGAAGCUUCUGCGGUACGUGUUCACCCUGGAGCUGCUGUGGAGCGUGCUGGCGGUGAUCGUCGGCAUCGGGAUCUACAUGCUAACGUACUGGAACUGGUCCACCCUGCCCGAUGGCGUCUCGUCAGCCGAUUACCCGGGUGAGCCACAGUUCGUCGCCCAACGAGCGCUGGACGACCUGGCGGUGCUUACCAGCCGGGGGCCACGGUUUGCCGGGAGCGAAACGAACGAGCGGUUUGCGGUGGACUUUCUGGUUGGCGCCGUCCAAGGCAUUGCCGGGCCCAGCAUGGAGGUAUCGUACACGGUUCAGCAGCAAACCGGCAGCUACUUUCUCGACUACGAAGACUAUCCGAUCACGAGCUACUACCGGGGCGUCCAGAACGUCGUCGUGUCGGUGGUGCCCCGUAGCGGCUGGAGCGGUAAGUAUCUGCUGCUGAAUGCGCACUUUGACAGCGCGGUUACGAGUCCGGGUGCCGGAGAUGACGGCGCAAUGGUGGUGAUGAUGCUGGAGAUGAUGCGCAACCUGGCGCAACUCGGGUCGCUUCGACACGGGGUGCUGUUUCUGUUCAAUGGCUGCGAAGAGAACACCAUGCAGGGGGCGCACGCCUUCAUCACGGGCCACCCGCUGGCGUCGCAGGUGGCCGCGUUCAUCAACCUCGACGUGGCGGCCAACAGUGGGCGCGAGAUAAUGUUUCAGUCCGGGCCGAACUAUCCGUUCCUGAUGGCGUACUACCGCGAUCACGUCAAGCGCCCGUACGCCAACACGCUCGGCGAGGAGGUGUUCCAGAUGGGGCUCGUGCCGUCGUUCACGGACUACGAAACGUUGUCGCUGGUAGGCGGGUGGCCCGGGCUCGACUUUGCACUGUCCUCGUACGGCUACCUGUACCACACGGCUCUCGAUGCGCUCGAGACGAUCUCAGCGGGCACGCUACAGCACAUCGGCGAUAACGUUCUCGGGCUGGUGCUGGGCCUUGCCAAUGGCGACGAGCUGGGCAGCAUGGGCCGGCACGCUGACGGCACGGCCAUUUUCUUCGACUUUAUGCACCUCUUUCUGGUGUACUACACCGAAACGACGGGCAUCAUCAUCAACUCGGUGCUCGCGGUGAUCGCGCUCGGCCUGAUCGUUGGCACGCUCUUCAUGAUGAUCCGCAAGGAGAGCGCCACCUGCAGUAGCGUACUGUUCGAGGCGGGCAUGAGCCUGAUCGUCCAGACGUGCUCGAUCCUACUCGGCGCCGGUCUCUCGGUACUGGUGGCGGUCAUUUUCGAUGCGUGCGGUCGCUCCAUGAGCUGGUACACGUCCAGCUGGCUCCUGUUCGGGCUGUACUUUGUGCCCUUCAUUGCCGGACUGGCGAUGGGUCCGUUCCUGUACGUCCACUUUCGCAAAACGCCUUUCAUGCACGAACAAGGCCGUGUGAUCCUGUUCCUGCACGCACAGCACUUCAUCUGCAGCAUCCUGCUGAUAACACUCACCAUCGGUGGCAUCCGGUCCGCGUUCGUGCUGUUGUUUCCCGCCAUCUUCUACUCGGCCACCACGAUCGUCAUCGUGGCCCUGCAGUUCCGGAUGCGCGUGUGGGUCUACAUCCACCUGGCCGGGCAGCUCGUGCCAGUAUUUUACUUCUGCUCGCUCACCUGCACCCUGUUCGCGGUGUUCAUCUCAAUGACCGGACGCACCCACAACGAGUCGAACCCAGACCUCCAGAUAGCGCUGUUCUCCUGCCUCAUGGCGCUUCUGCUCGUCGGCUACCUCACCCCGCUGGUGGUGCUGUUCCACCGGAAGGUGUACUUCUUUGCGCUGCUACUGCUCGCGUUUCUCGUGACAGCCAUUGUCGCCGCGACCCCGGUGGGCUUUCCGUUCCGCCAGUCGACCACACCACAGCGAUACUACAUUUUUCACCAGGCACGAAACUUUCACUGGCCCAACGGAACCCUAAGGAAGGCGGACUCGAUAUUCUUCCUGUACCCCCAGGACCGCCACACGCCGGACCUGCUGCAAUCGGAAGUGCCCGCCUGGCAGGCCGCUCAGCCGCUCGGCGAGCAGUGUGACCGCGAGCUGUACUGUGGCAUCCCGUUCUACAUCAACCGGUACCAUCGGCGGGCGCAGUCUAGCUACUGGAUGCCGGCGGCCAGUGUGCCGCUCCUUCCCGAACCGGUCCAGUUCCGGUUGCUCACGGACAGUGCGGACACGGCGAACGGGAAACGAUCGCUCACCUUUAGCGUGCAGGGGCCCAGCCACAUGAGCCUCUACGUGUCUCCGACGAUCGGCCGGCGACUCGUUGCGUGGACCCUCAGCAGCCGGAUCCCUGCGAGUGGGGUACGCUGGAACGGUCAGGAUGUGCACUUUGUGAACCUCUUCUCCGGCAGCAUGGACCGGACACCGUUCGAGUUUACGCUGGAGCUGGUAACCCCACCCGGAGGCGGCGGAGUCGAUCUGUAUCUUUCGGUCGUGGCGCAAUACAUGUUCCACGAGGCGUACCGAACGCCCGAGUUUCAGUCACUGAUCGACCAGAUGCCACCGUACGCACACACCGUCGCUUACCCGGGUUACUUAGAAAGCUGGAUGUACUAA